UUUUAAAGUUAAAUUUUGACAAGCUAAGCUUUAGACGCGCAUGUGUGAAAUUAUUUAAAAUGGCUAAACUUAUAAAAGUUUAGAAAGUGGCUAUUUUUGCACCUCCCCCUCUAUUUCUUAAGAUCAUUUGAACAACUGCUGAAAAUCCAGUUUUUUAGUUUUUCUUCCAUCCCACCAUUAACAGAUGUAUCGAUUGAUUGAGCAGUUGGCUCAUUUCUUUCCUCUUUUUCAAAUUGACAACGUCGUAGAGACAUAAUCAUGAGCCAGCUACGAACCUCGAAUUUCCCAAAAUGCGUUGUUGCAAAUUUCCAUUUCCGAUACCUCUACACAACUAUGCUAAAGGAUGCCCUUCAUCUCUUUCAAUCUUCUCCACCUUUUUUUCACCUUCUGUAUGUCAAAUUAAUGAGUUCUAUUUAAACAAUCAACAACAACAACAAAUCUUUGAAGGGCAAGAAUUUGGUAUUGAUCGGAGUUUGAUCGACAGAGCUUACUGGACCAGACGAAUUCACAAGCUUUGUUCAAUUGAAGGUAAUGUAGACGAAGCUCUUCGACUCCUCGACGAACUUCGACUUCAGGGAUAUCAUCCUGACUCUCUCAAUCUCAGCAGCAUUGUUCACGCUCUCUGUGAUUCCCAUCGAUUUUCCGAAGCCCACCAGCGAUUCCUUCUCGCUGUUUCUUCCCAGUCAACCGUCCCUGAUGAGCGAACCUGCAAUGUUCUUAUUGCUCGCUUGCUUCACGCAGCUACUCCGCAAGAAACUGUGCGUGUUAUUUCCGCUUUAUUCUGGCAAAAGCCCCAGUUUGUACCUUCGUUAAUGAAUUACAACCGUAUAAUCCAUCAGCUCUGUACUUUCGAAAGAAAUAGAGAUGCCCAUCAGCUGUUUGUUGAUAUGAGAAAGAGAGGGCAUUCACCUAAUAUUGUUUCGUAUACUACUUUGAUCCACGGGUAUUGCGGGGUUGGCGAGGUUCGGGAAGCUGAGAAGCUGUUUGAUGAAAUGUCUGAGUGCGGAGUGAUACCUAAUGCUCUCACUUAUAGCGCUUUGAUUCGCGGGAUUCUUCAAAAGCGGGACAUUGACCAUGGAAAACAACUGAUUCGGAAGCUUUGGGGCGUGAUGCUCAAUGAAGAGGAUAAGCACGUAAACAAUGCAGCAUUCUGCAACGUGAUCAAUUGCUUGUGUAGAGAAGGGUUCUUCCAUGAAGUGUUUAAUAUUGCUGAAGAUAUGCCUCAGGGUGAAAGUGUGAUUCAAAGUUUUGUAUAUGCACAAAUGAUAGAUUCUCUUUGUAAAUUUGGGAGGUAUAAUGGGGCUGCUAGGAUAGUUUAUAUGAUGAGAAAACGAGGUUUCGAUCCAAGCUUAGUUUCAUAUAAUACAAUUGUGCAUGGUCUAGUCAAAGAAGGUGAUUGUUUCAGGGCAUAUCAGUUGUUGGAGGAAGGGAUUCAAUUUGGCUACUUGCCGUCAGAAUUCACUUACAAGUUAUUGGUAGAAGGUUUGUGUUAUGUAAAUGAUCUUGUUAAGGCCAAGGAAGUCCUCAAUGUGAUGUUCAAUAGGAAAGGUGUUGACAGAACAAGAAUUUAUAAUAUAUAUCUCAGAGCUAUUUGUCUUGUUGACAACCCAACUGAGCUUUUAAAUGUCCUUGUCACCAUGCUUCAAACUCAAUGUCAACCAGAUGUGAUCACCCUGAAUACUGUUAUUAAUGGCUUCUGCAAAAUGGGAAGAAUUGAAGAGGCUCAAAAGGUUUUCAAAGAUAUGAUGAUGGGGAAGUUUUGUGCCCCUGAUGGUGUGACGUUCACAACUGUUAUUAGUGGGUUUUUAAAAGCCAAAAAGGUUGAAGAAGCUCUUAUGUUAUUGCAUAGAGUUAUGCCUGAAAAAGGUUUAAAGCCCAACGUUGUAACAUAUAAUGCAGUUAUCCAGGGGUUAUUCAAGUUACAUCGGAUAGAUGAAGCUAUGGAGGUCUUCCAUAGCAUGGUAAGUGGUGGCAUCGCUGCUGAUUGCAUGACAUAUACUAUUAUUAUUGAUGGGUUGUUUGAAUCCAACAAAGUUGAUGAAGCCAAAAGAUUCUGGAACGAUGUUGUUUGGCCCUCAGGAGUUCAUGACAGCUACGUAUAUGCAUCCAUUCUCAAGGGGCUUUGUCUCUCUGGUAAAUUGCAUGAUGCUUGUGAUUUCUUAUAUGAAUUAGUAGAUUGUGGGGUUACUCUUUGUGUCGUCAAUUACAACAUUGUCAUUAAUGGUGCUUGCGCAUUGGGCUGGAAGAGAGAAGCGUAUCAGAUUCUUGGUGAAAUGAGAAAGAAUGGACUAGAACCUGAUUCUGUAACAUGGAGAAUUCUGGAUAAAUUGCAUGGCAAUGUGGAAAAACAGUUCUGCGAGGAUUUGACAUGUAAUCAAGUGGGGGUGUAAGAUAAGUCGGUCGUUGAAAAAUUUUGGUUUUAAAUAAAGAGUGAAGUGGUUAAGUUAAGAAGCGUGAGGGCAGCAGUUCUCUCAGUUGUCAUAGAAUAAACCCUGUUAAAUGCCGUCUCUGGAGUAUGUAUGUUUUCAUGAUGAUAGGAUGCAACAUAACUAUGAACAAGUUAGGGAAGUUUUUGGAAGGGGGUUCAUCAUAUUAGAUGGAAUGUACUUUCUUGUGUAAUAUCUCUUUUAUUUAUUACUCAUAGCCUCCAUGAUUUUUUUUAAUUAAUUUUUUUAAUUUAGACAUUCAUCUCAUUUAACUCAAUAAUGAGAUUUAUUCCCUUCUAUCUGAAUGUACUAUUUCUGUAAUGGUCAAGCAAAAUUUGAUUUUUCGUUAUCUGAGAGUUAAUACUUCUUUUAGUUUUUAGUUUGUUACUGCCUUGCUGAAUGCAUCAUCCUGCCUUCAAUAUUUUAUGUAUGGAUAUUCAAUUGAAUAGAUAGCUAUUAUUCUUCUCACAUCGAAUCUGCAAAUUUGUCAUGACAAUACUUUUGACUUUAUAAGCUGAAGAACUUAUGCUACAAGUUGAUCUAGGCACCCAGCUACCUUGAAGCUUCUGGCACUUUCCAUAGCUAAAUAGAGAGGUAUGUAUUGAAACUAAGAUCGUUCAUUCUUUUCAUUAAUGCUUCUCCUUUUUAUAUAAAGCCAUAACUAGCUCUUUUGAGGUGCUGAACAUGAACAAGUAGCUAUAUGAUGCAUCGCUGAGUAAGUGCUGUUUUAUAAUAGCAGCUUUAUUUUCAGGUCAGCAAGUGAAGGAAUAACCUGCUGGAGAAUUACAAAAGGAGAAGAAAUUAACUGCUACAGCUGCUUUACAAACUUUUCGACUGAAGAACUAUUCUCUUGUUUUGUGUCAUGGGAAGCUCAACACAGUUCUACAAAAGCAAGUUGCUAAGCGAAGCAGUGAGAGAGACC